UUAUUAUUCCUCCGUGAAACGAUUGUGGCAUGUUGCCUGUGUGUUGUGCUCUUAUAAUAGUACCCAAAUAUUGAUGGCCAACUAGCGAAUAAUUAUCCCGUUUCAAAGCGCCGGCGAAAGCUUGUUAGCGAUGAAAAAUUUGACGCAUUACUUCGUAAGUCCGCCAAAAACGCGGCAAGAAGCUACCGCUCCCCCGGCGACUAAUCAAAAUUCCGCGACACCCUCUAACACUGACGAAGACAAGAACUACGUUGCAUCUGUUGACUGUAUAAAAGAUGAUGGUGAGCUCGAUAGCGGGAAGAAAACACCAGUGAAAAGACGCCUGAGGGUAAAGUUGAAAAUAUCUGUAAACGACUCGAGGACGACGCGGUGUGAUAUAAUCAACAGCAGGGAUGACACCGUCGAAAAAACCCCCAGUCCAUUUGCAGUGCAUAGCUCUAAUCAACGUAACCAAGUCUCAGAAAAUAAGAAUUCUAGCCCGUCAAUUGACGGCAGUACCAGGGACAAGGUGACGUCAAACGCCUUCAAGGUGCUCAUGACGGGCAAGAAGCCGCUGCACCUCAAUACACCGCCUACAUCCUCACCACGCGAUGGUGAAAAUAACAUCAACAGGUCAAAGGAGUACAAGAAGAAACACAAGGACAGCAAGUGCAAACUCAACGUCACGGCUGAUAAAAAAGGCUAUUCCAAACGCAAGCACACUGAGCUUGAUGAGGCCGAAGUCAUCGAGAACAAGUCAAAAAAGCGUGCAAAAUUAUUCAGCCGCAAGGAUGUUGAAAAUGAAGACAAGGAUAGCAAUGUGACAGCGGAAUGGAAAGGUGAAGGAAGAAAGAACACAGCACAAAGUUUUCCUAACGACAUGCGCAAUAGUAAAAGCAGGAAAGAUGUUGAAAAUGAAGAGGACCUAGCAAAGAAAGGUACAAGCGCUGUAACUAAGGACCUUGUGGUCACUCCGAGUCUAUCCUUAUCUACGUCAUCAUCAUCCUCAAUCUCCAAAGAUAAAACACCGAAAACUAAAACCAAAUGGACUAUGAGGGUCCAAUUGCAUCCUCAAUCGGACAAUCAAGAAACGAGAGAUGGUAGCUCCUGCGACGAAGAUUAUAUAUUUACCCCAAAGUCCAAAGUAAAGUUCAGAAAAACUAAAAUACGAACAAAUAGCAAGGAAGGAGAAAUUCAGGAGUUGGGAAAGUCGUUGGAAUCCAAAGAGCAGGAUAAGCCAAAUGAUCCAAAAAACGCCACAAGAUCAAUCUCAAAAUUUGAUUCCGAAUUAUCUGGGAAACGAGAAUUGAAGCACCAAUUCCGCAGGAAAGAUAAAGUGAAGAAAAGUAAUGGAAAUAUUGAUAAAGAUGACAAACAAAGUAUAGGUAAGAAUCCUCUCAUGGACACAAGAGAAAGUAGUAAAAUUAAUGUGAUUGAAAAUUGCGGCGAGCAGUGUAUUGUAGUCGUGGACGAAAUUAUGACUGAAAGUAACGAUUGCUCUAGCAUUGUGAUGAAGAAAAAACUUGCACCUUUAUUUGUGAAAAAAUCCAAACCAAAUCCAGCAACUCUCGAAGCACGGCGGACUUUCUUGCUAUCUGGUAUUCCAGAAAACGUAAGAAAAGUAAUAUCUGAACAAAGAACUUGCUACAAUGACAGUGGAUCAUUGACAAUGCCCUUUCCCAUGGUCAGUCACGUUUCGCAGUUGCCGGUUGAACCAGGUUCAAAGGAAAUCAUCUGUCAGACUUUGCAGAAACGUAAACAAGAACACCCGAUACUCAGUUUUUCACUGGAUUCGAGCCACUUCAAAUCUCUGUCUAAUUGGGAAGAAGCUGUGCCAAAAGUCAUGGAAAAAACUGAGUUAAAUGAGAUCGUGCGUGUUGAAAAAAUCAAUUUUGAAAGCGUGUUAACAGACAUUGAGUCGCGUUGUUCGGAGACAAGAUCGAUGUGGGCGAGUAUAUUAUCGUCUCUAAAUCACGCGCCAAAAAAAUCACCAAAAAAACGUACCACGAAGCUCAGUCUCAAAAGGAAGAGCGACACUCCGCAAGAGGAAGAAAAUUCACAGAACCGAAAUCCAACCUGGACUUGUAAAUAUAAACCAAUAAGUUCUGGCGAGGUUGUUGGCAACGAUGAGGCAGUUACCAAAUUGCGGAACUGGCUUAGCACAUGGCGAUUACCUUCACUCAUUGCCGAUCACAGCAGUGGUGACGAAUUUUACUCAUCAGAUUGCGAUAGCCAUAGUUCUUGCGAAAACAGCCAAGUGGCUGUUCUUCUUGGGCCCCAUGGUAGCGGAAAAACAGCUAGCGUCUAUGCCAUUGCUGAAGAACUUGGAUACAGAGUACUAGAGGUGAAUGCAUCGUCUAGGCGUACAGGUAAAAAAAUCACAACCGAAUUCCAAGAGGCCACCAAAUCGCACCGAGUGAAGAGGGUUCAGGGAUCCUUGUCUGCGCCAAUGAAGAAACAGCCUCUUGAUAAAAAAGUGCCACAGAACUCUCUGAUUCUCAUUGAAGAUGUGGAUCUUAUCUUUGAGGAAGACGAGGGGUUUACCUCUGCGACUUUUCAGCUGGCUGCCAACACUAAAAGACCAAUUGUCAUGACCUGCAAAGAGACAUAUCCACAUCUGAACAAAAUGGCUCCCUAUCAACAAUUCAUUCAUUUUCAAGCAGCCAAAGGAAACAGAGUCUCAGCAUUAUUAGAAUUAAUAUCAUUAGCUGAGUCUGGGUAUCGGCUCCCUCAACCUUGCUUGAAUACCCUUCUACGAAACGGAGAUUUACGACAAUCGUUGCUACAACUUCAGUAUAUCUUGCUAUCUGGACCGCCAAGUACUUCUCAACUCAAUUCAAACACCAUGGCAACUUUGUGGCCAGACAUGCAGCCGCUGAUCUAUAAACCGGCGAUAAAGCUUAGCAAGAAACAUAAAAAAGAAAAAUUAAAUAAGAAGGCAUUUGCUGAGAAAAACGUUAAGCUAGUCAAUACACUGGCCGAAAAGUUGGAUACUAUUUCUUUAAUAUCGUCAUUAACAGAGGCGGAAAAUCCUGCAGCACCGCCGUGGAACCAAAAAUUGAAUCCCAGCCUCUCUCUUGCUGAAGACUUUAAUCCGUAUUCGAAUUCUGCUGAUCUUGGCGAUGAAAUCGCCGAAUGGUUGCACAGAUUUUCAUUCAAAUCUGACCAGUCAUUCAGUCCGACAAAUUGUGACUUCAUAAAUCAAUUGGCUGUAAAAAGAAAGGUGAAAUUGGGAGUGGACUUUGCGUUGGCGCAAGCCAUUCCUUCAACUCUGGAACACAGAUCUACAGCAACAGAUUAUUUACCCGUUAUCAGAACUAUCUGCAGAACUGAACAAAAUCGAGCAAAAGCUAAUACCAAACGGGGAAACCGAUUUCACAAUUACUUACACGGUCUAAACGUGACUGCUGCAUCAAGUAACAUACUCGCUGCAGCUAGCACUGUUUUUCAAGAUAAAUGUAUGUGAAUAAAUCCUAGUUUAACUUAAUCAAACUUAAUCCGGGAAUCAGUUAUGUCAUUUCCGAAUCACAGUGCCUUAAUAACUAGUUAUGUGGAUUCCAGAGAUCCAAUUUUAAAUUGUAUCAUCCGAUCUGAUUGAACCUAAUGAUGAUUUUAAUCAAAAUGCGGGCUGAAUUUAAAUCAGAAUUUAUUGGCCAGUUUAUUUUAUACUGCGGAAGUAACUAUUCACCAUCGUCAAAGCACACAUAUCCUGCAAUCUCAGAUUCCGGCAUAUCUCUUUUCUAUCUAUUAUUUAGUAUAUAAAUUCCUGAUUCCAAAUUUUCAAGCUCUAAUCCUAUGAUCUUCAGCAUUUUCUCAAAAGUUAACCAAAAGAGUUCUUCACUUCCAAUGUUUCCAUCUUCAGAUAAUGAACCUGCUUCUUAUAGUCACUCUUAUCGCCGUCGAUAUAUUUUGUACCAUUAUAACAUUUUUUUGUUAAAAUACUAAUUGAAUCGGAAAGAUGUUCGUGAACUUCAAUGUCAGCUAAAUUACCGGAUUUAUUGUUCAAAAAUUGAUAGUGUCACAGAAUUUAUUGCAGACAUCGAUUUUUCAUCACAAAUAUUUUUACCCGGGGAACUCAGCAAACUACCGACAUUACUCUCAGAUGUGACUACAAAAUAUAACGCAAUAACAAAGUAUACUCAUUGACUGUUAUCAAUCGAGCUAACUUACUUUAAUAUUUUCAU